AUGGUUUCCUUUUCGUGCGAGGUUUGCAACGAUACUGUGGUCAAGAAGAAGCUUGCAGUGCAUCAGAGACAAUGUCGUGGCGCAUACUUCACAUGUAUCGAUUGCAAUACGACAUUCUACAACAAUGAACACAAUAGUCAUACCAGCUGUAUAACCGAAGCUGAAAAAUACGAGAAAGGCUGGAAAGCUCCUAAACUCGAGUCUGUCAAAAGCAAACAGGAGACUCAAAAACCUCAGGCGCCUGAACCCCAAAAAAAAGAUCUUAAGCAAAAAGCGAAGGCCAAGUCCGCCGAGCCGUCGCUUGCAUCGUUCGUUUCUGGAUCUGAAUCGCUCUACAAAGUUCUCAAGAAGGCCCGCAAAGCACUCAAGAAAGAUAAAUCCGAACUCCUCAAAUCCUUAAAAGUGUCCAAGAACGCAGACGGGUCCAUCACCGUCUCACUAUGA